CAGAGAAAUGGCAACUACGCAAUCUGUCUUCACAUUUGCUCUCUGCAUUUUAAUGAUAACUGAACUAAUACUGGCUACAGAGAGCUAUUAUGAUAUCUUAGGAGUUCCAAAAAAUGCAUCUGACCGCCAGAUCAAGAAGGCAUUUCACAAGCUGGCUAUGAAAUACCACCCAGACAAAAAUAAGAGUCCUGGUGCAGAAGCAAAAUUUAGAGAAAUUGCUGAAGCAUAUGAAACAUUAUCAGAUGAGAAUAAACGAAGAGAAUAUGAUCAGUUUGUCCGUCACGAAGGACAAGGAAAUAAUGGAAGCCCAUUCCAACAGUCAUUUAAUUUCAACUUUGACGAUCUGUUCAAAGACUUUGACCUCUUUAGUCAAAAUUCACGGUCAAAAAAGCACUUUGAAAAUCACUUCCGAAGCCAUCGGGAAGCUCACAAUCGGCAAAGACGUUCUUUCCAAGAGUUCUCCUUUGGAGGUGGACUGUUUGAUGAUGUGUUUGAAAAUAUGGAAAAAAUGUUUUCGUUUAGUGACUUUGAAAAUGCACACCGACAUGCGGUGCGAACUGAUACGAGGUUUCAUGGAUCCAGCAAGCACUGUAGGACUGUCACUCAGAGACGAGGAAACAUGGUUACCACGUAUACAGACUGUUCCGGACAAUAAUGUUUCCUUUCUUUUCAUCUCUUUUCUUCUUCUUUCAACAUCUUCAUAAUCUUUCUUGGUUUUGUGCUAACAUGGAAAAAAUUCUUUGAACUGUUUGUUCUAAAAAACACCUAACUGCUAUAAAGAAAUUGUAGAUGAAACUAAUCUUCAGAACAGAAACAACGUGCAUUUGGGAAGUAGAUGUCUCAGUAACUACUUAGAAUGGGAGAGAAAUAGUCUCAUGUGACAGAAGA